AUGCGCGGUCUGGACGAGACCAACAAUGUCUUGUACCGAGUUGGACACACUGCCGGCGCACAAGUGCACACCGUCUGGCGGGCAUUUGUCAAUUUCGCCGCGCGAGACAAUGUCCUCGAGGUAGCGCUCGGUUUGAUUAUCGCAAACUCAUUCACCAAAGUGGUGACCUCGUUCGUAUCCGACGUGGUAUUGCCCGUGGUAUCGCUCUUGCCUCUCUUGAAUCGGAACAUGGAUCAGAAAUUCGCCGUCUUAUCCCCCGGUCCCAAUUACAACGAGAGCAAAGGGUAUAACACGCUGAAGCAGGCGCGGGAUGAUGGGGCGCUGGUGCUUGCCUGGGGAAUGUUUGUCGAGACGCUGCUCAAUUUUGCAGGUGUGAGUCUGACGCUGUUUGCUGUGGCUCAUUUGUACAUGUUUGUGUCUCGCGACAAGAUUAUCAAACCGACGGUUCGAUGUCGGUAUUGUCGCAAAUUUAUCAGUGUGCAGGGUGGCAUGACUCAUGCCUUUGUCGUGGAAUUUGCAAGCGUUGAAGAUCGAGAUUACUACGUCAAGGAGGAUCCGGUGCAUCGGGAAUUCGUUCAGAGUCUGGACGGGGUACUGGAGAAAGGUCAGGUGGUUGAUUUUACUCCCGGCGUCUUCAAGAGUGCUUGA